AUUCAAAUACUAUCACACACAGCCACCAAAAAAUAAAUUCAAAUCUCUCUCUCUCUCUCUCUCACACACACACUCUACUCUAUACACUCCUUCUUUGAAUCCACUCAUCUACUCACUUGAAUAAAUGGCUGAUAGCAAUGACUACAACAGUCUUUUCUCUUUGUUGAUCUCCGACAUCAAAUCUUACUCCGGCAGAGACCCCCUUGUCCCCUGGCUCCGAGGGAUUAGGAAACUGAAAGACACGCUACCACCUCAGCUACUGAGAGAGAAACUCCCCAGAUUUCUACAGAAAUGUGCUGAGACAUUUGUGUCUGACCGUCGUUAUGCUAAUGACUUGCGAUAUCUUCGCGUUUGGUUGCAAUUGAUGGAUUUCGUGGAUGAUCCAGGGGCGGUUUUGGGCACAAUGAAGGCAAAUCACAUUGGUUUGAAGAUGUCGCUGUUCUAUCAGGCUUAUGCUCUUUAUUAUGAAAAACUGAAAAGGUUUGAGGAGGCUGAAAAGAUGUAUCAUUUGGGAGCAAAGAACCUAGCCGAGCCUAUGGAAGAACUACAAAAAUCAUUUGAGCAAUUUAUUCAGCGCAUGAAGCGACACAAGAACAAGAGAAUGGAGCGCCAGGCAUGGAAAACUAAGACUCGGCCUUUGCCUGCUGGACUUGUCUCUCUCAGCAGCAAGGAGAAUAUAGAGAACAAUGAAAAUAAAAAUGUGACUGCAGGACAUAAGAAAUCUUUGCCUGAAACACAAGCGAAAUUUGGACAUACGGAGAAGGAAUCUAAAUAUCCAGGGUCCACAUCAAACUUAAACCAUGUUGAAUUACGGACUAUUCCAUCUCUUAAAAAGAAAAGUUCUCUCAAGCAUCAUGAUGGUAGUGAAAAUCAUAUUGGUGAGGAUACAGUUGUGGUAAAAUUUGUAGGUACUGCAAUUGUAGGAAAGUCUGAAGCAGAAGAUGCAUGCCAUCAUGGUCUGGUGGAGCCUACAAUAAACACUAAAGAGGCUCUAAAUGCAAUAAAUAGCAUGUUUCAAGAGCCUCUAGAGCCAGCACAUGGCAGCAGGAGAUCUCAGAAAAACCAGACCAAAGCUGCUCAGAUCUCAGCAAAUGGUUUUGAGGUGUUUGUUGAUGAGAAUUUGGAUAAUGGGGUUGGAACCUCAAACCACAAGUUAGAAAUGAUUUCCUCAAACCCAAAUCACAGAAUUGAAGAAAGUCAUCAACCUGUUCAAGAACCAUUUCAAAUAUAUAUUGAUGAUGAUGACAGUAAUGAUACGACAAAGAGAGGCCAGGAGAACAACUUUAAACACAAAGAAGCUCAGGGAUUGAAGGAUGCUGCUCCCUUUCCUGGCAGUAAAGGUUCCAUGUUUCUAAAGGCGCCUUUGGAAAAUUCUAAAGCAUCAAAUGUGGAGAAACCUCCUCGCACACUAGUAAGAGAAGAUACGGCUGUUUAUCGGUUUGUAGGGUCCACCAUUUCAGAAGAACCACAGGUGGAAAAUGUUUGCCAUCAUGGUCUAGUAGAGCCCACAAUAAACUUAAAGGAGGCCAUGAAUGACAUAAAUAACAUGUUUGGAAAACCGAUAGAAUUCAUGAGGAAAAAUAGACCCAGGAAGCAGCAAGACAAAGCAAAAGAGAAGAAGAUAGAUUGUGGAGAAUUUCUGAUUCUUCCUGAUGAUGAACUGGAUAAUAAACCAGCUAAAAUCAAAGCAAGUUCAUGUUCCAGAAGUGAGAGUGAUUUGUUCGAGCAGACUAUGUGUACAAAGGAGGCAAUGGCGGAGAUAAAUGAAUUCUUUAAAAUGCCAUUGGACUUCUGAUACAGAUAACACUUACUUUAGCAGCCGAAAUUGGUGUAGCCCCAGUCAAUGACCAUGUUCCGAAUUUGUUGCAGCUUUGGCAGUAUACCAUUCCUUCUACCACCACAUCAACCUUUUUCUCCAUAGUUUUGGUUGUAGCUUCUUCAGAAGCUGACAUGGAGGAAAAGGCCAGCGAGAAGAGGAAGAGCGUAAUGAAAAAUGUGACUUGGCUGCUUGCCAUCUUUUCUCGAAAUGUUUAACUAGAGUAAGAUUCAAAGAUGCUAGAGCAGAUUAUAUUUGUUUGCUGGAUAAAUAGACUGAUGGUGGUGAUGGUAUUUAUAUGCAACUUACUGGAAUGUAUGAUAUUGUUUGGUGUGUUUUUGAAACUGUCGUGGGUGCUACUAAGCUGUAUUUGAAGUUGUAAUUUUGAAAACGUGAAGUCCACCUUCAGGAUUAUGCAAA